AUGCACGCGUCGUGUGUGGACGGAAUCCAGGCCAGUGCCUCUCAGCCAUUCGUACCAUCCAGCAUGUGGCUCACGGAUCAACAGAAAAUCGGUGUUGGCCUUGUGUCUGGAGGUGUAUUCUUCCUCGUUCUUGGACUGAUUAUGUUCUUUGAUGCGACCCUGCUGGCCAUGGGUAACGUCUUAUUUGUGUCGGGCAUUUCGCUGUUGAUUGGCCCCCAGAAAACUCUCUUGUUCUUUACUAGGAAGCAAAAGAUUCGCGGAACCGUGUGCUUUUUCACUGGUAUGGCACUAGUUUUUCUGCGAUGGGCCCUUAUCGGUAUGGUUGUUGAAAUGAUAGGGUUCCUGAAUCUAUUUGGAGACUUUUUCCCUGUCAUCCUCAGUUUUCUGCGACAAGUACCUAUUGUUGGACGUGUCUUGUCUUUACCUGGAGUCAGUCAAGUCAUGGAUCAACUUGCAGGUACGCGACGCUCAGCCGUGUAA